AUGACACAAAAACCGAUCUUAAUUUCCGGCGCCGGUCUGGCAUCACUGUUACUCGCUCGCUCACUUCUGCGAUGCAAAAUACCGUUUCGUGUCUUCGAACGCGAUGCGUCGCUGGCUUCUCGAGGCCAAGGAUACAGACUUCGGCUCUCCUCGGAAGGUCUUGAUGCCAUUGAAUCCGCGUUGGGUCCAGCAGCAUGGAAGAAAUUCUACGACCGAUGUGGUAAAACUGGUGGUGGCGGGAUGAGAGUGAUCGAUGCUCUUACUGGUGAAUUUAUCGAGCAGCCACCUGCAGCAGCAGCUGGAAACAGCAGUAGCGGUGGUAGUGGUAACAACGAAAGCUUGAACUCGCGAGAGGGCAAAGUUGUCGGCAUCGCACGCGGAGACAUGCGAAACUUGUUCAUGGAAGGCUGCGAAGAGUUUGUCCAAUUCAAUAAGCAUGUCAAAGGGUAUGAGUUGACGACCGACGGAGUGCGAGCUAUCUUUAGCGAUGGCACAAAAUCGGAAGAAGGCUCUAUGCUCGUUGGAGGCGAGGGCAUCAACUCAUAUGUCGCCAGACAACUAUCGAAUGGCAAAUUGAAGGUCUACGACACAGGAGCUCGCGGUAUACAUGGACAAGCACCCACGACAGCCUUCAAGGGACUAGGCGAAGGUGUCUUCCGAAUCGUCGACAACAGCAGAUCCAGCGGUACUUUUGCCGUGAUCACAAACGUUCGCGCUGGUGAUAUGGAUGAUCCUGAGACACAGUUUGGAUGGACUAUGGUUGGCGAACCUGGCGUUAUCAAGGCUCCGAACGACGACUACACCAUCGUCGGCGAGACCGCGUCGAACAUCGCUAGAGAACUCACGAAGGACUGGCACCCGAAAGUGAAACCUCUAUUCACAGAAUCUAAUACAUCCGAAGGGGCUUUCUGGAAGAUCACCAUCUCGACACCCUCAGGUGUUCCUGUUUGGCAUAAUCAGCCUCGCGUUACUGUCAUAGGUGAUGCAGCACAUUCAAUGACUCCUGCUGGAGGUCUGGGAGCGAAUACUGCAGUCAGAGACUCUGCUCUGUUAGGCAGACUGCUGCAGAACGGUUAUUAUGAAGGAGCGACAUCAGACUACGAAAAGGAAAUGAGGGUCUACGGAAGUGAAGCUGUAGGAAAGAGCUACGGCAUGGCUUCGAAGAUGUUCAAGAUCCAUAUUGACGAAGACAAGUCGACCACAAUGGAAGGUGAGGUCAGAGACAAUAGAAGUUCAGCGUAG